UCUAAAGAACACGCACACAUCUGACGAGAAAAAUGUAUGCAAGAGCCCGAAGAGGUACACCUAAAAAUCCCUGCAGCACCGUAUGCGUGCCCAAAAACUGAACUGCACGUCCGUCCCACCGUUCGACUAUAGUAGCAUCACCCCCUCCCUGUCCCACUCUAUACCAAAACGGAAGAUUGCCGACUACAGCAUAAUGCUGUCUGAAGUGCUGUCUGUACAAAAACACCAUGGCACACAACAUGUAAAUGUGCAACGACCACACCAGAGGGGAGCAGCAGCGCAGAGAGUGACCUCGGCAGCGAUGUGCCGGAGAAACCAAGCCUUACACAAGGCACAAGGACGAGGCACCGUCACCGACAACACCCCCAUGAACAAGCCAGAGACACGUCACCGACAACAUCACCCCAUGAAUAAGCCAGCAGAGAGAGGGCCUUCUUCAACUGGGAAUGUUCCCUCCAAGGAACGACGCCGCCAUCCCCAAACUAUUGUGCUCAAGAAAAGCUGCGACUUUUGCUUCAAGCGUAGGAAGAGAUGUGACGGGCGUGCCCAGAGGCGAUGCAGUUUUUGCAUCGAAAAAGGGCGGCCGGAGUGUCACUACAGCAUGAGGUCCCUCCCGAGCAAGAGCAAGACCCCGACCGUUGUUCCAACCUCCGGUGAGGAGGACGCCGUUCGAGACGAUUCGCCGUCCCCAGGUCUAAGCCUCCGGGCCCGGGCGGAGGUGGACAACGACGCCAACGCCGAUACUGGGGCACAACACACGGCGAAGAAGAAGGGGUCAGGGACGGCUGUUGGGGUCACGGGCUUGGUGCUUCCAUUCAAGAGGGCCCGGCUCAGCGCUUCCCCGGCGACUGGGCUGGCAGGCCUGCUUGAGAACGAACUCUUGGGGGACUUUUUCGGUUGCUUGGGCUUCUUGUCCCUUGCCACCGAGAGCAUCAUCCGCGGUGCGAUGGUGAGUGUGAUGCGGGCCAACAACGUGCUGAUUCAACAAGGGGCAACAACACCGGCUCGGCCUCCGCGUGCUGCCGCGGGGGGCUGGCUGGUCGAGGAGGACGAUACCGAAGAGACCCCCGUAAGCAGCGUCCGGACAGAGGAGGCGUGCUGGCGCAAUGCGGUGACGACCGAGGAUGCAGCGUUGCCGCGAGAUGCCUCUACGUGUAUCCUGUGGUGCGCGAUCGCCCUCGGUGCUCUCGUGCGGGGGUACCCUUUGCCACAUGUGCAGCGGUACGUCCAUCUAGCGAAGGAUACGCUAGCGUCCUGUUCAGCUAGCGCUGCACUCGACAUGGCCAGGGCCAACCUCGCCAUGGCCUUCGUGCACAACUUCCUUGGCGAUCAGGUCAACAACCACCGAUACGUGGAGCUCGCGAACAGCAUCGUGAGUGCGCUGCCUCCGGUGCAAGUCACGUUGGGAGUGUACGACCUGCUGAGGUACGCCGGGAAGUCUUGGGUGUUCGAGGUAGGCCUCGCCUCGAAGAAGGACAUAGAUGCCUACUGGCAGAGCGUGGCGCCCAUUUGGAAGCUGCCAGAGAAGGUCGUGGAACAGGACAUCUGUGGCCUCGUCCUUGCUGUCGAUACCCGCGUUGAUCAACUCGUCCUCGCGGACGCCCCGGGGACACCCGCUGCCGAGGGACUACAACGUUCGUCCGACGCCACCGCGGGGGCGGCCUCGAGGCCGUCGCCGCUCACGUAUGGAGAGGCGGACGAUGCGGAGGGGAAGAUGGGAGGGUUCGUGGAUGCGCCUCUGCCGACAAAGGAAGGGGGUCUCGCUCCGCCCCACCCCACCGAUCCCUUUCUGGGGAUGAAGGAGGCGAUGCCGGAACUGCUGCGCGCGAAUAGCUUUCUUUCGCGUGCCAAGAUGCAGUCGGGGCUCGGUAGUCUGCUGUACUACGGGAAUCUCUGCUUCCUCCAGGCCCUCGACAACGAAAUCGCCGCAUCGGUGGGGUCGUUCCACCGGAGCGUGAGUGCGUUGCUGCGCUACCCGGGCCUGUGUCGCUACAACUCUCUGUCGCACAACGUUCACACACAGCUUUGGGGGCUGGCCAAUGCCCGCCGGCGAGAGCAAUACGAGGCGUUGAGGGCGGCUUACAACCCCAUGCGUCCAGCAAGACUCUCGCCAGCACCGCCGUUCGAGGAGUGGACAGGCAUGUCCGACAUAUGUGACCACCCCUACUGCAGGAAUGUGGCUGAGCAGAUGAGCGCCGCUUUCGCGCGCCACUUUGUGAAAGUACAAGAGUCGGGGCCUCCGUCUGUUGCCGAGUUUGACGUGGCGUUAAAGUCAGUGCUGGACCAGUCUGACGCCGAGGCUUUGUAGUCUAGCUAGGCCCGCGGAAUUUCAAGGGCUGAACCUCGUCAACUCUAAGCGAACGACGAUAACGGGCCUAUAUAUCCCACCGCAGGAACAGUAAACCCAUACUCGCGCCCGGUCCCAGUAUGUCGAGAAGCCAUAUUAGAGCUCCGGAGUCGCCGACGGCCAGGAUCAUCGGAGCGACUCAAGAUCUACCAACAUUCUAGCGUUCUCUGGCGCGUAGUAUUUCCUGCUUAAGUACUCUGUAGAUAGAAGCACACCUAUUUGCUGCAGCGUGGUUUUUACCCCGCGUAUGGCUGUGCGAGGCGCGCGAACCACAGAAAUGUGGAUCCUCGGCCAUACGCGCUGCUUGUGACGGUGUAGGCACGCGGUGGGGUGCGUUGUUUGCUCGAUGUUUGUUUUUCUAUCUUCGUUUCGCGUGUUGUUUGUGUUAGUAUGGGUGUUCGUCGUAUCACCGCCGUACGUAGCGAAACGACUAGAGAGGUUAUGUCCUACAGUGGUUGCUUUUUGCCAAUCCGAGGCCUUGUAUCGUUUUGAAGUGUGUAAGUUUACAUCGUCCGUGCAACGCUCGCAGUUUUUGCGUGCCGUUCUGUUCUUGUCUCUCUGUGCAACUGAACAAGAGUUUCGAU